CAUGUAAAACUCAAGAGAGGAAUAUGUUUAUUGUUUUUUUGGUGUCCCCAUAAAACAAUAACCAUAAACAGUUGGUGAGAGAGCAGUUGUAAAUGAUAACAUAUUGAUGAAUUGCAAUAAAGCAAGUUAUAGCAAACAUCUACUACCACUAUAUACCAUAACCCCAAUACACCAAACCAAACUUCAUUCAUUCAUAAACCACAACUCAUCAUAAGUCAUAACAUUAACACAUGACACAAAAAAUGAAAUAAUAAUCUUUCAACAAUGGAUUCCCCAAACUCACCUGAUUUUGCUUUUACAUCCUCAACCAAACAUAACAACAACAACAUCUUUAGAAGCCAUUCUACAAAAGAAAGUCCUUUCUCAAACUUUCUCAACUCUCCAUCUCAUCUAUCAUGUCCUACACUCUCUCGUAGCCUUCAAAACUCUCCCAUUUCAUCACCACAUCAUCACUAUUUUCCCACUAAAAUCUCUGAUUCUGAUCACCCAAAAACAACAUACCACUGUGCCUCUUCUGUCCUAAGAAACGAUGGACAAAUCAUGUCAAUAGCAUUGUCAUCAUCAUCAAGUGGUUUACUUUACACUGGCUCUGAUUCAAAUCUUGUAAGAGUAUGGAAACUACCCGAGUUCACAGAAUGUGGACAAUUGAGGACUAAAGCUUCAAAGAUAGUGGCAAUUGAGGUUUCUAAUGACACUGUUUAUGCAGCUUAUGGUGAUGGAAAGAUUCGAAUGUGGACAAUGAUUUGGGAUACUAAUCAUAAGGUGUUGAAGCAUGUUCGAUCUGCUACUAUUCCUAAGACACUUGGAUAUGUUCGUAGCUACAUUGCAGGGAAAGACAAGACUCAGAUGAAGCAUAAGAGAGUAAUAACAUCAAUAGCAAUUAACACAGCAGAGGACAUUUUAUACACUGCAUCACUUGACAAAACAGUAAAACUAUGGCAAAUUUCAGACAUGAAAUGUAUAGAGACAAUCAAAGCACACAAUGAGCCAAUCAAUGACAUAAUUGUAUCAGAUGAUGGAGUUCUCUACACUGCCUCCGACGAUGCAUCGGUCAGAGUUUGGCGUCGAAAUUUCUGUAGCCAUGACCAACCUCAUUCUCUCACAGUAACUCUUCAUGCCAAAUUUUCCCCUGUGAAAGCAUUGACACUAGCCAAUGAUGGAGGAAUUUUAUAUGGUGGAUGCACUGAUGGUUACAUACAUUAUUGGUUAAAGGGUUGGUUUGUAGGACAAUUGCAAUAUGGUGGUUCAAUUCAAGGACACACACAUGCAGUGUUGUGUUUAGCUAGUGUUGGAAAAUAUGUAGUUAGUGGUUCAGCUGAUUCAACAAGUAGAGUUUGGAGUAGAGAACAAGAUGGACAACAACAUGUUUGUUUGGCUGUUUUGGUUGGUCAUAGAGGACCAAUUAAGUGUGUCACAGCUUUUUUAGGAGGAUGUAAUUUGGUUGAUGAUGAUAAUGAAGAAGAUUCUUGCAAUGUUUGCACUGGAAGUCUUGAUGGUGUCUUGAAGCUUUGGCGUGUCACUCAUACAAAAAAUGUUCAUGAUCAUAAUAGUAAUAAUACUAUGUGUUUGUCUCAACCUGAGAACAAGUAUUUUGAUUUUUACAAGGGAUUUCAACGACCACUAUAGUUUAUAUAGUUUUUGUUUGUAAUUUUUGCACUAAUUGAGAUAAGUGAAUCAAGUAAUUUAUAGAUAUCAAAA